AUGGCAAGGAAAGUUCGGCAAAUGCAAGCUCAACUCACGAGCAUCCGCAGCAAAAAGUCAAAUGUUCUCACUGUAUCGGAGAUGCCGAAUCCGGUCGCCAAAUUGAACCCACACGUCUACACGGGGCCCGACGUCGUUGUCAACUCACUAUGCGGCGGUAGUAAUUAGUUGCCAUGAACCGCGUAAAAACCGUAUUUGCAGAAUCUCCGAAAAACGUUUCCGACAUGUUCGCAAACCAGGGACCGCGAGCUGAACGACUGAAGCAGUUGGUUUUUCGGUGCACAGUCCUUUUCGUGAAAAUGGUGAGUAACAUGUAAUGUUAACAAAAGUGAGAAAAUAUGUGUAAUAAUUAUUCACCUAGCCUUCCGGAAUGAGAGGGGCACGUAAAAAAAAAGCGUUACUUCGAAGUUUCAGUAAGAAAUUUUGUUCAGGUAAUUUCGAACAAGGAUCUCAUGUGCACGUUCUCCAUCGCUGACAAUCCCUCGAAACUCAACAAGUUCCCGGAGUCCCACGUAUCCGCCCUGUCAGGUAACUUUCGCGGUACUUCUUGUAGGAAAAACUAAGUGGUAGUUGAAAUGUUUGCGUCUUCGUAAAAAUUUUCAGCAAAGAAAAGUUAAAACAUUCGAAAAGCAGUUAGAAGUAGCGAAUAUUUCCGCGUUUCCCUGUACUCCUCUCAGUGCUCACUUUUCUUUGAAGAUAUAGCAAAAAUCGGAGUUAUGUUUGUGAAUAUUGGCACUGCGGAUGGACUUUAGAAAGCUUUAGAAAUAGAUUGAUUUCAAUCAUGGAAACCGGCGAAAUAAAGCUCAGGGAAUUGUAAAAAGUAAUGUUUGGAAUCAUUGCAGACUACUUGUUCGAGGUGAUUCGUAUCGUUCCUGGUGAAGAGGAGAACAUCAGCCGCGAUGAAUUCGUGUUUCCCUUGCCUGAACUCAUCAAAGCGCAGCUCAAAUCUCUUUUGUACGCGCAGUGGAGAAAUUAUUCAAAUAAAGUUUUGUUUUCAGCAAAAAUUAUAUCUCUUCCUCCAAAGAGGAGACGAAAAAGAAGCGUUCAAUGGUAUCUCGAGAAGAUCUGGCCACACGAACUCCAAUGACAACUUCAAACCCGCCAGCACCCGGGCCUCAUCCAGAAGACGAUCCGUAA